AUGCAACUAUGGAUAAUUAUAAUUUGUAUAAUAAUAUGCGGGGUUUUAAGCGCUUUGUUUUCGGGGCUAUCAUUGGGGAUAAUGAUGCUUGACACGCUCCAGUUAAACUUGCUAAUUUUAGUAUCCGAAAAAGAUAAAAAAGAAUUAAACAAUGCAAAAAAUGCAAGAAAAAUACUACCUUUAAGGAAUAACACAAAUCAAAUUUUAGUAACAUUUAUAACUGCAAAUGUUAUGGUCAAUUCAGCUUUUAGUUUAUUAUUAAGUGAAGUAACAGAUGGCUUUACAGCCUUUAUUGUAUCAACAUUAAUUAUUACAAUUUUUGGUGAAAUCAUUCCACAAUCUGUAUGUUCAAAACAUGGGCUAGCCAUUGGAGGCUUUUUUGCUCCUCUUAUUUAUUUUCUUAAAUUUUCUCUCUACAUUUUUGCUAAGCCCAUAAGUCUUGUACUGGACCAUUUUGUCGGCAAAAAUGUUCUUAACACAUAUAACAAAAAACAACUAAAAGCACUGGUGGAUAUGCACAAAAGUGCAGCAGAUAUUUUACAUGAAGAUGAAGCUAAGAUAGUAGGGAGUGCCCUUGAAAUGUCUCAAUAUAAAGUUAAACAUAUAAUGACAGAUAUUGAUUAUGUGUUUGGUAUAGAUUAUAAUAGUUUUAUAAAUUAUACAACUAUUAAAAAAAUAUUGAAAAGUGGGUUCUCUAGAAUUCCAGUUUUAAAUAGGAAUCAAUCAGAAUGUGUUGUAGGGCUAAUACAUAUAAAAGAUUUGAUUAAUAUAUGGUUUGGUAUUAAUAAAAUAUUGUUUGAUAAUAGUUAUUCGUUUCAAUAUAAAAAAAAAUCUGAUAAAUCGAUCUAUAUAAAUUAUAGAAAAAAAAAUAGACAUAGUAUAUUUCGUGUAAUUAAAAGUUCUUCAAAUUUAAAAAACAAAUCAAUAUUGCAUACAAAUAAAGAAUAUCAAAAAUGUGAAAAUGAUAUAUCUAUGCAAAAUGAUUCUGAUAAUGCUCAUGUUAAAAUAAAUAUAGACAAUAAUUUUAUUGGGGAAAAAUGUGACAAUUCAAAUGAAUUAAAAAAUAUAUAUAUGAACAAUGUAAAGGAUACAGAAAAACAUGAAAAGUAUGAAAAUAAGAAAAAUUCAAUUACACAAAAUGAAAUUUUAAACCCUUCUAAAUUAUUAGAAAAAAAAAGAAAAAAUAAUAAAAAAAUGUAUAAAAACCCAUAUUCAGAAAAAAGUAAUAAAAAUAUGGCAUUUGUUGAAUUUUUAACUGACCAAAUGGUAGACAAAGAAAAUAAAAAUGCUAACAUUUCAGAAACUGAUGAAAUUGUAUUUGCUGAUAUUAAAAAAAAAAUAAGAAUGUAUAACAAUAUUAAUAAAAAGCCAAUUCAUACGAAUUAUUUAGAAAAUAUAAAAAAUGCGAAAAAUGCAAAAAACUCAAAAAAUCACCAAAAAAAUCAUAAAGAUAAAAAUGACAAACCAAAUGAACAUUGUGAUGAAAAUGAAAAUUCAAAUAAAGUAAAUCUCAAUGAUACAUCCAAAAAUAUGAAUGCCGAUGUAAACGAUUUUAAAAAACAAUACAUUUCAAGAAACGCUACAAUAAAAGAAAACUUAAAUAAAGAAAAAAACAUAGAACAUAUAUUUUUAGAUAUAAAAAAUUAUAUAAGAAUAACAAAAAAUAAAGAUAUAGAAAUACCCGUUAAAUAUAUAUUAAAACAUAUAGGUAGAUAUAUAUAUGGAAUAGAUUAUGAUGAAAGUGUAUUAUCACUUUUAAGUUUUUUUAAAAAUGCAAAUAACCAUUUUGUUGUUGUAAGAAAAGUUAUAUAUUCUGAAGAAUCAGAUCCGAAAUAUUCACAUAUCGGUAUUACAACUUUAGAAGAUGUUAUUGAAAUUUUAUUACAAGAAGAAAUAUCUGAUGAAUUUGAUUUUAUAAAAUUAAAAAAAGAUAUAGAUAUACCUAAUAAUUUUAUUUGGAAAAAUUCAUAUGAAUCUGUUAAUUCUAUCAAUACUCGUGGUAUAUCAAAUUGGGAUAAAAAUAAAAUUAAUCCGAAAAAUAAUAUCAUCAUUGAUCAAACACAACAAAUAUCAACAUCAGGAAAUAUUAUAAUGGAAACAAAUGAUGUAGAACAUUCUGAUAUAGAAUCAGAAAAUGAUAAUGGUGAACUAGAUAAAUAUUCUCAAAAAAUAAAACAAGAAAAUCUUAAAGAUUCAACUAUAAUAUUAAUUAAUGAUAAAAAAAUUAAAAACAAAAUAAAUCCAAUUUAUUAUAAAAAAGAUAUAAUAACCUUUUUAAAAGAUAGUAUAUAUUUUAAAUAUAUAGACACAGAAUUAAUGGAUAAAUAUAUUCAUGAAACAAAAAUAUAUACUUUAAAUAAAAAUGAAUAUCUAUUAAAAGAUAAUACAUUUUUAAACUAUGCAAUUAUAAUAAUAAAAGGAAAAGUAAAAAAUGUUAAAUCAAAUAUUUGUACAAAUGGAGAUAAAUGUUUUAUUGGAUUAGAAGCUUUAGGUCCUUGUAAUAUUAUUGAACUUUUUAAUAGUAUUAUUGAAAAAAGAAUUAAUGUUAUAAAAAAUUAUCAAGAAAAAAAAAAAAAAAAAAAAAAUAAUAAAAAUAAAAUGUCUAUGAUUUUAAAAAAAAAAAAGUUAUAUGAAAAUCAAAAUUCCAAUGAAGAAGAAACAGAAAGUAAUUAUAUACAUAGCCCUAGUAAGGACUUAUCAAAUUCAUAUGUUCAAAAAAAUAUAAAUAUUUUAUUUAAAAAGUGGUAUACUCAGCAUGUAUAUUUUAAUAAAAUUGCUUAUGUCACAGAUACGGACUGUGAAUAUAUACUUCUUUCAAAAAAUGAAUAUAUGGAUAUGAUCAUAGAGUCUUAUGAAAAUAAUAAAGUUGACGAGAUGAUUGAAAAUAGCUAA